AUGAUGCUGGAGGGUGGUGCUGCUGCUCCGGGUCGCUGGCGGGCGGGUACCGCCAUGUAUGUGAUGUACCAGCCUGUGUUCAACUUCAACAUUUGUUUUGCUCUGAGCCAGGGUCCCCAUAGGCCUGGCCUGGUCUUACCAGCAGCUGUCUUGGGGCACUUGGCACCUUUUCCGCUUUUGGGCUCAGGUCCCCUUCCCGUGUCCCACGUGCACAGGGAUCACGAGAGCAGUUGUGACUAUAGGCCUGUGCGUUGCCCCAACAACCCCAGCUGCCCGCCCCUGCUCAAGAUGAACCUUGAGGCCCACCUGAAGGAGUGUGAGCACAUCAAGUGUCCCCACUCCAAGUACGGGUGCACGUUCAUCGGGAACCAGGACACGUAUGAAACGCACCUGGAGACAUGCCGCUUUGAGGGCCUGAAGGAGUUCCUGCAGCAGACGGAUGACCGCUUCCAUGAGAUGCACGUGGCGCUGGCCCAGAAGGACCAGGAGAUUGCCUUCCUGCGCUCCAUGCUGGGCAAACUCUCGGAGAAGAUCGACCAGCUGGAGAAGAGCCUGGAGCUCAAGUUUGAUGUCCUCGAUGAGAACCAGAGCAAGCUUAGUGAGGACCUCAUGGAAUUCAGGAGGGACGCGUCCAUGUUGAAUGAUGAGCUGUCCCACAUCAAUGCACGCCUGAACAUGGGCAUCCUAGGAUCCUAUGACCCUCAGCAGAUCUUCAAGUGCAAAGGGACCUUUGUGGGCCACCAGGGCCCCGUCUGGUGUCUCUGUGUCUAUUCUAUGGGUGACCUUCUCUUCAGCGGUUCCUCUGACAAGACCAUCAAGGUGUGGGACACAUGUACCACUUACAAGUGCCAGAAGACACUGGAGGGCCACGAUGGCAUUGUGCUGGCGCUCUGCAUCCAGGGGUGCAAACUGUACAGCGGGUCUGCAGACUGCACCAUCAUCGUGUGGGACAUCCAAAACCUGCAGAAGGUGAACACCAUCCGGGCCCACGACAACCCCGUGUGCACCCUGGUGUCCUCCCACAACAUGCUCUUCAGUGGCUCCUUGAAGGCCAUCAAGGUCUGGGACAUCGUGGGCACCGAGCUGAGGUUGAAGAAGGAGCUCACGGGCCUCAACCACUGGGUGCGGGCCCUGGUGGCGGCCCAGACCUACCUGUACAGCGGCUCCUACCAGACAAUCAAGAUAUGGGACAUCCGGACCCUUGACUGCAUCCACGUCCUGCAGACAUCUGGCGGCAGUGUCUACUCCAUCGCUGUGACGAAUCACCACAUUGUCUGUGGCACCUAUGAGAACCUCAUUCACGUGUGGGACAUUGAGUCUAAGGAACAGGUGCGGACUCUAACGGGCCAUGUGGGCACAGUGUAUGCCCUGGCAGUUAUUUCAACACCAGACCAGACCAAAGUCUUCAGUGCAUCCUAUGACCGGUCCCUCAGGGUCUGGAGUAUGGACAACAUGAUCUGCACACAGACCCUGCUGCGCCAUCAGGGCAGUGUGACUGCUCUGGCUGUGUCCCGAGGCAGACUCUUCUCGGGGGCUGUGGAUAGCACUGUGAAGGUCUGGACGUGCUAACAGAAUGGAUCUAUCAGCCAGGCUGGCCAUGUGUGGUGGCCCUGGCAUUUCUGACUGUCCUGUGGGUACAAGUAGCCUGGCUCAGGCGUUCAGACACUGCUCCCCUUGCCCUGUGCUCCGCGAGCCUCUCUUCCUUAGGUCCUGCCCUCACUGCUGCCAGUGAAAUGCCCAGGCCCCUCUCUGGGUGCCAGGUACGAUGCUCGCCCGGCCACUCGUCACUCCCACCAUUCUUCACUCCAGAUGGACUACGGGCCUUUUUACUUACCUUUUCUACUGGUUUUAGACUGUACAUAGAUUUUAUUACUUCCCUAUUGAAAUAAAAGCUGAACAGACUG